GUAAGAAAGCCUCGUAGAGUAUCUAUUGGAAGAGGGCUUCCUACUAAUACUACUACUAGUUACACCACGUCCUUGGCAACAACAAAAGGCGGGAAAUGUAUAAAUUUGACCGUUUAAUGUGGGCGUUGGCGUGCGACCUGCUGUCGCUUGAGACCACCCGUAUUAUCCUUCAAUCACAGCACAAACGUGAAUAAUUAAACACGUCCAGCGAUCCCCAGUAAUUGGCCAAGAUCAACUGCAAGCACUCGAUUCCAAGAGGCGCUCUCCGUGCACGACUAGCCCAAGACCUCUCUCUAGUACUCUAUUCUUUAAAUAAUAAAUUAAAAAACUUGGCAAAUGCAAUUAAAGUCAAUGGAAUCCUUGUAGAGAUCUUCUAGUGAUCUUUUAGUUUUUGAUCUUCUAUGAAGAUCCCUCGCGUAAAAAGCCUUUAAAGAACGUGAUCUUAUUCGCAUCGGGGUCGAAUUGUCCCGACUCGACUCGGAAACCUGCUCCCAAAAUGACGUAAUACGUCCAUGCUCCUAGGCAUACGAGGGUUUCGGUAAACGACCAAGGGAUCGGGACCGUUCAGGCACGAAAAAACAUUUGACGGGUCGGUAAACUAAAUGCUACACGGCCCUCUCAAGUGGCUGACAAAACCGAGAGAGGAUGGGAUGGAAGUCUAGUUGUUGAGAGGAUGGUUGCCUUUAGGCCGCCAUGAAGGAUGCGGAUGUGUCUUAGAGAUAUUAUCGCAACUCCCACUAAGAUCAAGUUUACCCAUUUGUUUGUGUUGGUAGUGGUGGGGAUUUUGCUGCAAGUGUCAGGUAUGGUGUGUGCACAAUUUGGACAUCCAGUGACUUAUAUAAAUGCAAAUAACAAACAUACUAUACUCCCUUUUACAUAUAUCUUAUAUUAUCGUUAACCUGUCCAGGCGAAGAGUUUUGUGAUAAAAAGGCAACCAAAUUUGUUAUUAAGAAAGGAAAGUGGAUAUGAGUUUAUUGGCUUAAGCUCAAUAUCUUUCUUCUCUGUUUUUAUUUUACUUUCUUUCUCGAGUUGGUUCUUGCUUGUUAGGCACGCCAUAACAGUCAGACUGAGGCCCGUCUGUAAGGUAUUCCAUCUGAGAAUGAAAACAGCAGACAUUUUACUUAAAAAUCAAAUAUAAUACACAAACCAAUAUUAAUUCCUUGGUCACUUAUUACUAUCCCCUAAUUUCAUUUUCUCCAUUUUAUCAGGUUGUUAUGCAACUUUUCUUCCUUCUCAAGGAGCUCACGUUUGCCGUAACGAUGGAAAACAUCUUUCAUUCACGGCCCAAAGCUCUGAGCAAACUCCACGGGGGAAAUGGAUUUCAAAUGUUCACGGAUACAGGACCCUGCUUCAAUACAAUGGUGGUUUAGACGCUUGUCUUAGUUUGUGUUGUGGAUUAAAAUGGUGCAACCACGCUUCAUUGGAAGGGACGGAAUGUUAUGGUGUGGCGUGCACGGGACCAGGCUGCGGUUCAGGGACUCAGGGAUUUGGUAUUUCUUCUUCUAGUACUGCUGUUGAGGGAAAACAUGAUUCCGAGAACCCUGAUCUUCGCUCUCUUCUGUAUCCUUGGCGUAAUGCCGCUGACCACCAUUGUCUGAAGACUGCUAUCAUUUUCAAUGUUACGCUCGCGCGUGGUUUUGACUCCGGGGCCUUCAUUGAUCGCGGGAGACUGGGAGACAUGGCGAGCUGUCAGCGCAAGUGCUGCCGGAUGUCACGCUGCGAUGUUGCUUUUAUGGCGGGAAAAAGGUGCUUCUCCGUCAGUUGCCAUAGCGACGAGGCAUGUCAAUGGAUCCCAGUGAAGAGAUCCAAACAUCACCUGCAGCUCUCAUACGUGAGCAGCUUACGCAGGCUCAAAGAGCUGGCCAGCGCCCUCAAGCAAGAAGAACAGCAACGUGCUGAGAGCGAAAAGCCAGAUGUCUUAAUCAUUCAAGACAGCGAUGACAUCCAAAACCAGAACAUCCCCCCGACAAGAGCGCGCAUCAAGAGUAACAGCAAUACACCCAGCCCUGUUAUCAGCGAUGGUAAAUCAUCAAGCCACGCGCCAAAAAUUCAAGAUGCUGAACUCAAAUGGCUAUUGUAUGGCGUCAGAGAGGGGUCGACGUCUGCUGUGGGGCAUGCAUCCAAGAAGAUCUCCAAAACUGCGGCGUCUGCGCCAGGGUCACGUGCGAAGGCCGCUAAGGAUAGUCCAGAUCCCAGGGGAGGCAGCAAGAGCAAGGUUACACAUACGAUCAGACCUAGCCAGACCACCUUGAUAAGUGGAUCAGAGUCUAGAACCAGGAACACGGCUCCUCCCAGGGAAGAUGGGGAAGUUGCUCGCUCCAGGGGUCACUCCUUACGGCAAAGUCUGACAUUUAUAGGUUGGAUAGAUACAACUUCCAAGCAGUCGACAUCGCCACAAUCAUCAUCAACAUCCCCAUCAGUAUCAUCAUCAUCACCGCCAUCAUCAUCAUCAUCAUCAUCAUCAUCAUCAUCAUCGUCAUCGUCAUCAUCAUCAUCAUCAUCAUCAUCAUCAUCAUCAUCAUCAUCCUCACCACCAGCACCUUCACCACCACCACCAACAACAAAAUCGUCAACAUCAGCAUUAUCGUCGGUAUCAUCAUCAUCAUCAUCUUCACCGCCAUCAUUGUCAUCAUCAUCAUCACCAUCUACACUGCAAGUGACUUUCGAGUUAAAAGCUUCGAGUGUCGCUAUUUCCCAUUUAUCAAGCAAGCCGAGAAGCAAUCUGGAUGGAGAUCUCACCCGCCCGAGCUUGCUAAUGGAUUGGCUGGAAACCGCUACUGUACCAUCUAUGUCAGUCAGUUUGCCAGCUUCCGGCUCAUCUGCUACCGUCACUUCUAAAUCCGAAAGUGUCCCUGUAUCAAGAGUAACGCAUUCCACAGUUGUGAACAUUAUUCGUUCGAAAUCAUCGUCUUUUGCAUCACCUUUCAGCAUAUAUUCGCCAUUUAAAAGUGACCGGUCAAACAGUGGAAGUACCACCAAUGUUAAAUUGCCAGGGAAGAAGUCACCCCGACGAGAAAAGAGUUCUGAUAUAUCGGUUUCCGGUUCUUCAUUAAAAGGCCAUUCAAUUUCCGGAGGAAUAACUGAACAAAACAGGCAGUCAGUUACACCAUCCUGGUUGCAAAGUGUCUCUGUAGAAUAUGAGAGUUAUUCAAGGGUCGCCACGAUCAAGUUAUCUCCAUCGACAAAUCAUUCUUCCAGUGGUUCUAUAACCUCGUCUAAAGUGUUAAAUUCAACGGAAGUUAAAACGUUAGUCACAGACUCUGGUGCUAGGAAAACUCAUUCCGCAUCGAGUUACCGUGUUUUGAGUUUUAAAAGCACAAAAGUACUCACUUCAACACCAACGCUGACUACCACUCCUACUAAACCUUUCACAGCAAAGUUUAAGGAAAGCCUAGGAGAACACCCCUCAAACGUUAAAACCAUGAAGACAAAAAAGAGGGAAUCUCCCUCAAAAGUUAUAAAGAAUUAUACAAAGAGUACAGGACCACGGACAAAAACAAAGACCAUUAAUAUUAUGCCUGAUGUAGUGAUGAUCACUGCAUCCCAAAGGAUUAAGAACACUAAAAGGCAUAAAAGUCAUCGUUACUCUUACAAACCAAAGAAAGAUAAGGGUGUAAAGCCCAACUUGAACUUGACAACUAGCCUAUCUCGAAAACCUGUAAUUCAGAAACUCAACCGACUCAACCAGCAGACUCAACCCGCAACCCUCGAGCAAAAACCGACACAACCUUCAAGCAGAAGCAAUGUAGUGAAUACACCAAAGAGGAAGUCUGGAUCAAAUCUUAUGCAAUCGGAGGGUGCAUUCAAUAUAACCGUCAACAUAAAACCGGAGCGAGAACAUUCAUACUUCAAAUCCCAGAAAGUUAAGGCUGGAUCUAAAAUAUCCUUUGGUUUGCAAAGAAUGUUUCAAGAGAAGCCUUUAAAAAAAAUAAGUACAACCCUCAAGUCUCCGAAGGAACUCGGAAAAACAUCUCCAACUGCAUCUGGAAAUGGUUAUGCGGUGACAAUGCCGACUACAGACGUUAAACCUAUUGCCGUUGGUUCACCAGAAAUUUCAGCUUCGAAAGAAACCACUGUCAAGCAUACAAGACCUACAAAGAGGCUUGAUGUUUCUGAUAUAGUGGAUGGGGGCACAUCAAAGACCAUGCCUCACUGGACUGUUGAUCAGCAACACAGCCUGCGCUGGCAGUAUGGCAGCGCCUUCAAUCCGACAGCACCUCAUGACAGUCAAAGCCAUAACGGUUUAUCCAAUCCUACCAAAAGGCACAGCGCAAUAACAGAGUACAGUACAGACGCUAUGCUUCCCUCGAAACGUCCCACCAAUUCUAUUCCAACUGAAAGGCUUAAUAGGAUCAAAGAGCAGUACUCAGAGGCUGUGCAUCAGACGGGACCACGACGUCCUGUCAAAUCUACUCCAACGAAAAGGCACAAUGAAGGCACCGAGCAAAGCUCAAGAGCUGAACAUCAGGUGGAACGGGGACGUCCUGUCAAAAUUGUUUCAAGCUCAACAGUAGCCCCCAUCAAGAAUAAGGAAAAAUAUAAUUAUAAAAAAUUUAAACCUACGCCUCGAGUGAAGUUAUCGAACAGGAAAAUUAAAGACGACAACAAGAUCAUGAAGAUUGAGAAGAUCAAUGUUAUUGAGGUCCCUGAAACAAUAUCAAACCAUUACAAAGCGUCUCCUCAUAUCAACAAGGAGAAUGUACAGGACGACGCGCUGUCGACUACACCCUUACCACCAUCCUGCAAGGGCAGCGACAUUCGCUUUAAUUACACUUUUGUGUAUGGAAGGCGGGCUGGAAAUUUCACAUACGCAGGGGAGAUGAAUGACAUGAACUCCUGUGUCCAGAGCUGCUGUCUGGACAGCCUUUGUAGGAUAGCGCUUAUGAUUGACAAUAGUUGCUAUGGUGUCAAGUGCGUAGGGAAGUUCUGCCAGACAGCGCCGGCAUCGCACAUUAGACUGAGGCCAAGGCUGGCCUAUGUCAUUCGAGAGAAAGCUGUCAUCUCAAGUCCAACAUCUUUGUCCCCUUCGAACAUCAACACUCAUUCGGGGACGGUCUCUUACAAUGUUACGCUAGGCAAGGAGGAGAGACCGCCCGAAACGAGGGUGGUUUUGAAGGGGACCGGACAGCACCUGACCGGACAAGAAAUAAUCGGAGAAGGCCUGAAAAGGCUAGGCAUAAGUGGACAAGGAAAGAACGGACAAAAACUGAGUAGGCAGCAUGUGACCGGACAAGCAUUGGACGGACAAGAUGUGACAAGACAAGGAAUGACCGGACAAGCAUUCAGCCCUUCUGAAGAGCACGAAUCCACAAUUGAAUCAACAGAAGUUGGAACGUGGUCAUCCUCUCAGCACUUAACACAAGACAUGCAAAGAACCACUAAACUACAGCCUGUACUGUCUGUAAAUAAGUCACUCCCAUCACUAAGCAAGAGACGGCCAGCUCAGCAUGGGACAAACUCGGUUUCUAAUGACAGUAAAAAUAUGAAUAAGCCAAUAAAUGAGAAACAACGGCAUCAUCAACAGGGAAAACAACAGCAUCAUCGCCUUCAUCAGCAGCAGCGGCACAAAAAGAACGAUAAUCCCCAUCAGCAUCAGCAGCAGAAACAACAGCAUCGAUAUCAUCAUCGGCAUCAACAAAAGCAUCACCAAAAGCAACAGCAGCAUCAGAGAAAAACAAGCAACCGCGUUUCUACACACCAAAGACAUGAGGAAAAGGACACAGAAGGCUUAUACAUUCACGCACAGCUUCAUCGACCUUCGUAUAGAAAAGAAAACCGCGAUUCAAAGAAAACGGCGAUUCCUUCCCCGAAGACGGUAAGGCUGGAGGCAAGUGAAAGUAAGAACAAAAUCCCAUACAACAACAGAGUAAGGAGUCAAAGCCUUUCUGAAAAAUCGUCAUCUUCUACAGUAGCAAUGGGAAAAGAUUAUUUUGAGCAAGCUGAUAUAAACCACGUUAUUGCCGCAGAUAACAAAUUACACCACGAAAUGAUGAAGGUGAUCAAAAAGCAAACUCUGCCCUUAGGUGGAACAUUAUUCGUCAAGCCCAAGAUAACCGAGAUUGGACGCAAAAAUAUGAGACACGACAGCAAAAAUGGAAUUAACAACGAUAAGAAAUUUCACAAAUAUACAAUGAAGACCGCCAAGACACCAGAGAAGCCCUCGUCGGCGAAUCCGAUAAUGUUCGACGAGGAUGACAUCACAAUGGCCGAUCGGUUCGAGCACCUGGAUACGCUGCUAAACCUAUCAAUGAUCCACAAGAAGCACUCUGUACAAGUCGCCAAGUAUCUGUUCGACAUCGGGAAAAUGACGGCCGACAUCGGACUCAAAAUGGCUGCAGCCGAGGGCUUAAAGCUACCAAAGGCGAAGACUCCAGAAGAGAAAAGGAAAAUACAAUACGCUAUGCAUAUUGGUCGACAUAUUAUGAGGAUUGGUAGAGAGAUUUUACUUCGAGCGGUUAAGUUGCUCGGGACAGGUCUUGGAGCCGAUAAGUCUGAGACGGCCAAGACGAACCUGGCGCAUGAGGCAAAUAAGCCUACGAAGAAGGUCACCAACGCUAGGUUGUACCCAAUUCUUGCGACCAAAAAGACUCCUAAGACGUCCACUACUGCUAAGACGUCAGCAACUUCUAAAACUUCAACUAUUGCCAAGACGUCAACCUCUUCUAAGACGUCCACCACUGCUAAGACGUCAACCACUUCCAAGACGUCAACCUCUGCUAAGUCUAUCGUUGCUGGCUUCACUAUCCCAACACCAGUAAUCAAAGUCGUUCGCCUGUGCAGUCAUGGGCUCAUUCACGAAGGUGUAACCCUCAGAGGGGGGUUCUCAGCUGGAAAGUUCAUCGCUCAGGGCCAUGUUGGCAGUAUGCAGAUUUGCAUCAAACUGUGCUGUAGACGACCUAAAUGCGACCUGGCCUUCGUGGUUCGUGAUGUUUGCUAUUCCGUAACGUGCUUCAACUCAACUGCCUGCCAUACUGUGAAAGCUCAUAAGGCGUCAGAGUUCCAUCCCCAAGUGGCGUUCAUAUUCAGGGGCCUUAAGCCUGGGAAUGAUCUUGAUAUUGGAAGCCAUAAGACACUUAAAGAUAAGCUACGCAAGGACUUGAAGUAUGUGCCACAGGAACAACAGGCACAGACAACGUCUGCAAUUUCUGAGAAAACUGGUGAUGCUUUAAUUAAGGAGACAUAUGCCCCAACGAAUCGAAUCUGGCACGGAAAGAGUGCAUCGGAGAUCAAUCUGUCACAAUCAGGUCACAAUACUCGUCAAAAUAUGUAUAUACCAUCACAAAAUAUGGGCAGUCAAAAGCCUGGUAUUCCUGGAACUGGUACGAGGCACAAACCUACAAAUUUGGUCACUAGUUCUAAAAUCUCCGGACCUCAAGGAACUCGUAACGUAUAUGGCAAAGAUGUGUCAUCCUCUAAUACAAGUCCAUCAACUGCUAGAUCUAUAAUUCCUAGACUUCCAGGAAGGUGUCCUCAUUCGGAAAUCCAGGAAGGAGUUGGUCUGCUUAGAGGACUACAAACAGGUGAUUAUAGCUACUUCGGUGAAAGUAAGAACAUGACGAAGUGUGUCGAAUACUGCUGCAGUACCGAGGCUUGUGAUAUCGCCUUCAUACUUGAUGCGUCUUGUUAUGGAGUGGAGUGCUUUAGUGAAGCUGUGUGCAAGACAUUGCCAUAUAAACAGAAGAGAUAUAGUACUCAAGCAGUGUUUAUCACGAGACGUUAUAACAAGGCAUACAGUAUAGACGAUGGAAAAAAAGAUGCUUCUAGUGUAAAGGAACCCAGCCAUAAGAACAAAGAGAAAGCUGCCUUGGAUGAAAAGGAAUCCAUUCAUGGCAGUGUAGAGAAAGAUGGUGUUGGUAAAGCCGAUUCAAGUCCGAACAAGUCGGAAAAGGUUGGGCCAAGUACAAAGGGAUCUAGUCGUUUCCAUAGCCAUAAAAACAAGGGUCGAGGAAAGGGUGAAUCUUCUGUGCACAAUGAGGAAAGAGGUAAUUCUUCUCAAAUUCUACCCCCUACACAAAACAAAGGGGCUGGUCAAAGCCGAUCCAAACCUUUGCAGCAGUCAGUAAGUACUGUAAAAGGGAUGAAGGUCCAGGAGACAUUUGAAGAGAGACCUCCUGGUCUAGAUGAGACCGAGGAGAUCGCACUGAAGCGCAAACCAAGUAUUGAUGUACAGAAGACUGCGCACAUUAUUGAGAAAGCGAUCAUCAAACAUGAUGCUACUACUGAAGAACUAGAGAAAAUCGAUAAACUUCUCCGUGGGAAAAUAGAACAGCUGAUCAAAGAGCACACAAAGAAGAAAUAUGAUGUCAAACCCAAUGUGGAACAUUCUAAGGGUGAUAACAUCAAACAUAUCGAAGAGUCUCGCAGGCAGACCAAACAUCGCUUUACUAGUAGUCACUCCUCAUCACGCCAUGCAGUUAAGCCUCUGUCCCGCAACACAUCUAGUGAAUCGUCCUUGUAUUACGAAAGUUCACAACAUCUGGACCAAGCAGUAUCAAUGGAGCAGUUGUCACGCGAUGUCACGCUGUCUACAUCUGCGUCACGCCUUAGCGAAGCACCAGAAUACAGUCCUACAGGUAGUUUAUCAAAGAGCCCAACAGCAAGUUACUAUUUACCAACAGCACAAUCUCCCAGUGAAGGUAUCGUGGCGAUAACUGCCUCAGCUCAACCAACAUCAUCUGAAAUGGAUAAUUCAUUAUCAGUGUCAACGUCUAGAUCACCUGCGAUGCAUAAAUCGAGCUUGCACAAUCAUCACAGCUCAGCAACGAAGCCGAAGCUUACAAUCCCAACAAAGAGUAGGGUAAAAACCAAUCACAGACCACCAUCAAAGGGCACGCAAAUUUCUAAUAAACACAAGCCAAGCUCAAAGAGUACGUACUUUCUAUAUAAACCUUCAACCUCGUCCACAAGGAAGGGAUCAUUUGCGGCAAAGGUGAAGAGCCCGUUCGGCCACAAAAUAUUUAAGCAAAUCUCAACAACUGCAUCUACGACAAAUAAAACACUAACCACUUAUAAGCCAAACCCUAUCACUAACACAUCAACAUUCAAAUACAAGCCGUCUGUUUCAACCAGGAAAAUUGGCUAUUCAAUACCAGACUCGGGAGUGAGUCAAUACAGCGCAACAUUAAGACGCAUAACAUCAAGGAAAAAGGGGAAGCAGACAUCUCAACCGACGUCACCCAAGAAGAAUCCGUUUAAGAUUACUCGCAAGCCGUCAACAUCACCCAUUAAAACUGAUAACAGGGGAGCAAACUCCCAAGGGCACGCAAGUCCGACUCUAGCCGAGACGACGGUUUCAGAAGUGGAUGUCGUUCUCCAUAAUAAGGCACAAGCUUUGAGCACUGAAGAGACCUUUGAUUUCUCCUCAGGAGACAAUACUAAUCUUGACGCCUCCGGGGCCCCUGAAGCGCAGUUCCAAGAACACCAAUUCCCUGAAAAGACUAGACCCGGUACAAGUGUUAAAGGAAUUCAGUAUCCAGGUAUAGAUAACCAGAGGACCAAGCCACAGGAUACUGGUCAGGAAAAUUCAAAAAGCUUGUCGACAGACAAGAGUUUCAUUGGAAACAAGACUUCAGGUCAGCCCUCCAAAGUGUCUGAGCCAACAGAGAAGAGCUCUGUGACUGUUAAAGUUUUCACAGACGUCGAUGACUAUGAAGAUCUUGAGACGAAUGGGGCACCUGAGGAUCUUGACGAUGAAGACAUUGGCAGUGGAAGUGGCGAGGAGGACUCUAAACCAUGCGCAGCUUACAGCGUCUACAGUAAUGCUACACUCAAAGGCGGAAUUUCCGCUGGCAAGUUCGAGUUUGUCGGACAAGUAGAUACCCCUGAUGACUGCCUUGUACAGUGUUGUGAAGAGAAAGACUGCGACUUGGCGUUUCUGGUCUCUGAUAGGUGCUUUGUAGUCACGUGUCUGGUUAACGAGUUAUGUAAGCCAAUCCCUGCCACGAACACGGCUGGGUAUCGGCCGAAGAUUUUCUACAUGCCGAGGUUUGCUUUGAAACUGCCUGUUGAUAUGCUGCAGUGGACCGAUUUACAAGGUAAUAAUUCCGUCGGUAAAAUAAGGACAGGAAUGGAAACCCCGCCAACCGUAGAAGAGGGAAUUUUACAUGCUCUAACAGACAAUGUUUCUAAACUUGUUGAUCAAAAGAACAGAGCCUCGAUAAACCAACUUAUUGGAUAUGCGAACAGUGAUGACGAUGGGCCAUCAGCUGGACCUAGCGUUACCCCCGUAUCCAAGGUCACCGUUCGAAUUGAGACUCAAAAAAAGCAGGCACAUACGUAUGGUUCUAAAAAGAAGGCGGAUGUUAAGCUUCACGUGCAGAGCCAAAAGGGACUCAGUAAAAAGACAGAGAAAUCAAAAGAAAAAAGUGCCCACCAGAACGGAACUUUGCAUGGUGAAGAAUAUCGUCCAGAUAUAUCUGACAACACAAUUGAGACAGUAAGACUUGAAACAGCCCUUAACAAUCAUACGCCUAUAAGUGAGGGAAAUAUAACCGCCCUGGCCGAUUUACCUGAACGCGAGAAUGGUACCAACGCAACGUGCGUCUUCUCUACGGUGAUGCGUAAUGUCACCCUACGAGGGGGGAGAAGAGCGGGAAAUUUUAUCUUUGUGACAGAGACAAAAGACUCUAAAAUGUGCGAGAUGGCUUGUUGUGCACGUGCCGAAUGCGACGUUGCGCUCUUGUUAAACAGCUUUUGCUUUAUGGUGGAGUGUAAGUCACGCCGUCUGUGUGCGCCCGUUAAAGUGGUUGUACCGGGAUUCCAGUCUCAAGUGGUUUAUAAGAUUCGUGACGGGAUCUCAGAAUUGACACCUGAUAAACCCAAAGCUCAAAAAAAAGUGCAUGUGUCUGGUAAAAGCAAUGGUUCAAGCACACAAAAAAACUUAACGAAUACCACGAAACCUGUGGCUACUCCAUCUCACGUGACUACCCCAAACGUCUCCAUCCGGGUCAUCUAUGGCCCAACUGUUCACAUACACACCAUCAAACCCCUCACCGCACGCUCGCAAGUUUUCAGACAACCUGAGAGAAGUGAUGCGCAUGAAAACAUGUCGAGUACUGCAAACAACGCUGUAGAUAUAAGCGGCCCUAAGCUUCGGAAGAUAACAAAAGCGCCUCAACCAGGAUGCCAUCUCUCGAAGGUCUAUCAUAACGUGACUCUCCUUGGAGGCCAUCACGCGGGACACUUCCAGUAUCUGAUGGAGACAAACAGCACAGACGAAUGCACGAGGCGCUGCUGUAACCAUAGCGACUGUGACGUCAUGGUUAUACUCGAGGAAUCGUGUUUUCUCGUGACAUGUGAAAGUCAACGGUCAUGUGAGCCUAUCCCUGUUAAGACCAGGAAAUAUAACCCGCGUGUUGUGUACAAAUAUGGGAAUACUCUGCAUAUAGCUGAAAGCACAUCUGUGACAGGACAACAAAGGGCCUACACACACCAUACACUGAGGUUAACUGGUGGUGCCCCAGGAACGGGACAACAGGGGGCAACGGGGAAUACCCCUAGAAAAUCUGCAACCAAGUCUGGAAUAGGACAAGAGGCAAUUUCUCUCAUAAAGGUCUCUGUGGACGCGGGUGCAUCUUUGGGUACUAGUAUAAAAAGUGAGUGGCUUAAUGCGACAAACAUUGAUGCUAAAGGAAAGAAUCAUGGUCCAUUUAAGAUCAACACUGAAGGAACGGAGGUAUCCAAGGGGUUUCCAUUGUCCCAGCACAUUGACAGCGCCGAUUCAAGAAACAAAAUUGAUAAAUUUUCGAGCACGACUUAUAGUAGGAAGAAGGAAUCAUCAGGCAAAAGUGAUGUAACAAGCAAAACCGUGACUGUUAUAUCACCAGUGGCCAUGCCCGUAAGCGUCAAGAAACAGUCGAGCAGUCAGUUAUUAGGCAGCGAUCUGAACAAGGAAUCUUGGAAGGAAGUCAACCCUGUCAGGGAAGCAGCUGUUAAUAAAAACAUCGCUGGUACUCCGAUCUCUACUGGUGCAACAUUCGAAAGUAGUAACGGUAUCAAUAUCGCUUCAACCAGCAACGUCGUAAGCAGUACUUCCGCAGGUAGCAGCCCUCCCACCUCCGGUAUCACAAGUAGCGCAGGUGUCAAUAUAAGCAGUACCAUCACCCCAACCACCACCUUCACAAGCAUUAUCAAGAGUGAAAGCGGUAUCCCAUCCACAUCUGUCGCUAGUAUCAGUAGAAGCAGUAUCAGCAGCAGUAGCACCAUAAGCAGCAACACAAGUAGCACAACAAAGAGAAGCAGUACUCGCAUCACAGCUAUCACAAGUAGCGCACUCAUCAUCACCACAACCAAAGCCACGAAUGGAGCCAGCAGCCCUGGCUUCAAUAAUACGAUCGCAAGAAGCAACAGUAGCAUUGCUUCACAUAGCAUCAAUAGCACCAGUGGGGACGAUUCAACGCUACAAGGCAAUGAUACUCUCAUACGAAAGAUUACUGUGAAAGUUGCUCCUAAACAUUCUCCGGGUGUAAGCAACGCAUCGGAAAAGAGAGAACGGAUAUCUGAAACCCCAAAAAGCAACCUCGAACUCGAUAUUGUUGCAAAUAGGAGUUCUUCUCCCAACAAAGAAUCGGAGUCACCUGCUGAAGCUACAAUGGUACUCCUGAAGGACUCAGCAAACAAACAUUUGCACAAAGAUAACCUCAAUGGGACACAGUCGGGCAGUUUUAUACGGACAAUCAAGGUGAACAUUCAAGAUAGUGUUCCACGGAAUAAGAAUAACACUUUUAUUAACCGGAACAUGAAACCUAAAAGGAUUGAACAAGUGCCCCCAUCGAAAAAUCGUACAACGAAAAAGGGCAGUAUCGGAAAUAAUGCAUCAAUUGCAGACAAAAGCAUGACAAAUGUUGAUAAAGCUGUUAUGUCAAAGGAUGCCAUUAAAUCGCCUUCUAUAGUGAAACCAACAGAUUCUGAAGCAAGGGAGAUUAUUGUCUCUGCGCUAAACGAUAGCAGACUGGAAUAUGAAGCAAGACCUCUUAGUCGCCAAAACGAUACCUUAGGGCGUCCUGUAGAAAAGAAUGCGAUUACAAGCGACUUGAUUGGUGAGAGGGUUACAAGCUCGCCAGAAAAGAAGAAGGAAGAUUCUGCAGUGUUAGAACCUAACUCGUCGUUCGACGUCCGUUCAAGCAUUAGUGAAAGUAGUCCAGACACUGUGCUACCGAGUACAACAGUACAUCUUGUGUCGAAGGGCCAUGUCUUUAACGUGCAGACGCAACAAACCUCGGAAUCUAUUAGCAAGCCAUUAAAGGACAUGAGGAUUGUAUCCAAAGCCUUAUUGACAACGCUACCAAAGCUUAGGUCAGUUCUUGAAAGCACUGGACAUCCGGAGCUCUCCCCAACUCGUUCUUCAGAAGUCCCUAUCAGCUCUGAGUUCAAGAAAGGCAUGGAUGUAGUUCCUUCAAGGUCUUCACCAUCAUCUUCUUUCGCUACGGGAUUUUCAUCAGCAGUGUAUUCUGUAAUGUCAUCAGUUACUUCAAAAGUCUUACCGAGCCCUGUGUCCCCUUUGUCGAAGAAAAACCUUAUACGGAAAGUUAAGGUUCUGAUAUAUGACGAUACUCAUUCUUCCAUGACACCAUCAGUAUCACCAAGCCCUUUUACAUUGACGGCAAGUUCUUCAGAAAGCUCCUCGAUAAUUUUACCUACCCCUGUCUUACCCGUGAAAAAGAAGAACGAUAUUCGGAAAAUUAAGAUCCUCAUAGACGAUGAUUCUUAUCAUUUGGAUAGAUCGUCCAUGGUCGAAAACGUAGAGAAGUCAGUUUCACCUAUUUCAGUGACUGCAAGUCCCUUAGAAGCCAAAUCGAGAAUCUUAUCGAACCCCGUGCUACCACUGACAAAGAAAAAUAUCAAAAUAAAUACUGAUCGACCCAGCGCCAAAAACUUUAUUUUACCUUCGUCUAGCAGGGGAAUGACACAACUCACCUCUCCGUCAAACUCAGACCUUUCCGUCGUUACCUCAGCGUCUAUAUCAGUCCCUUCAGGGUCGUCACCAUUGUCAACAAGUUAUGCCAUGGUAGCUUCAGGCCCAUCACACUUCGUGUCAAUCGAGAAAGCCAUAGAUAAAGUGAAUAUUUUACUCUCUGAAGACACAUCUUUAAGAAAGCCUCGUGUUUUGACAUCAUCUGGACUAGUCAAAUCGGUCCAUGACGGGAGCUGGUUGCGGAAUACCAUUCUUUCAAGUCCACGUUCCAGUUUAUCAAGCUCUUUGACACAAAGCGUUUUAAACGGAACUGUCAUAGAAAAGGUGAAGAUCGUGUUCAGAGAUGAUGAACAACACAGUGGUGAUCAAGACAUCCCAUCUUCCUAUGAGAAAGUCAUGCAGUCCAUCCAUUCUACUACAAGUAUUUCAAGAGCGCAAUCCAGUCAUCCCCGCCACAUCAAGUCGACAACGGGUAUCAAAGAAGGCAUCUUCAGUGCUCAUACAUCCCAAGUUACCAUGCCGCGUGAUAGCAAUAAUUCUCAACCUUCAGGCGAACAUCACACCUCGCUCAAUCACUUGAAAGAUGUAAUGCAGAUAGGUUCGUCUGUCCAAGCGACCUCUCAAGCUAGUUAUAUACGGUCUACAAUCGCACCUCGUAUCGUCGAUCAUGAUGUUGGUUAUUUAACUAAAGCUAGGGCUAUAGGUCGAGUUAUUGACCACGAUCAAGCCAAUCCGGGGCUCAAUAAGGGGGGACAUUAUCAAGAAGGUUCGUCCACCAAUGAGCUUGAAUCCGACCAGCAAAGUUCUGGGUCUGGUAGCCUUGAAUCAACUGCGAGUGGAGAUAUGGAUGAACCAGUUUGGCCUGUGAUAGCACAUCAACACAAACACAACAUCACUUUGAGUGGCAAUAAGACUGGCCACGGGUCAGAACCAAGUGUAACUGCACGAAUGGAGAUCCAUUUGCCCAGCGAGGACAUCUAUGGUAAGGGACAGGGUGUAAGUGCUGGUCUGCUAUCAAACGACACUCAUUCGGCUGUGAGUAAGCAGAGCAGUAAUGCCCUCCACCUUCCUUCGAUAUUGACCGAUCACUUUACCGAGGAGAAAACACUAGUUCCAGCAAAGGAUAUUCCUAAAGAAGGCAUUGAACCAGAAGGUAUCAAAGUGAAGAUCGAAAUAGAGAAACAAAAGAAGCACUCUAAAGUUGUUGAUAACAAGCAUGAACCCCAGAAUAGCUCUCACCUCGCCGCAAAAUCGGAUGCCCGUAAAGAUCAAGAAGGCAAUAUGCCAGACGCUGUCACUGUGAAGGUUGAACUAAAGAAGCCAUUCAAGCAGUCUGAAGUGGUGAAGAACACGAAAAAACAUCAAAACAGCUUUCCUUUCGUUGCUGCUACCACAUCAGGUGCAGCACAUUGGAAAACGUCUGUUGAGCUGGUAAAUUCUCCUGCAUUGGGAACUUCUAUCUAUGAACGGAACGACGUAGGAUCUAAUGGAUAUCAUGAAGCGUCUGACAUAACCCCUCGAAAUAAAACAGGAAUCGCAGAACGUUUUCCAUCUUCCUCCAUGAAAAGUUCAGGUAUGGGAGAUAGUCGGCACAUCUCCACGACAUGUAGUACAUCGAGCGUGUUUUUCAAUGUCACUCUUCGUGGAGGUCAUCGCGCCGGACAUUUCACGUACCUAGCGGAGACCAACGACAUCGCUGAAUGUACACGUCAUUGCUGCAACCAUGGUGAUUGUGACGUCAUGGUGUUGCUUGAGGAGUCUUGCUUCAUGGUCAAGUGUGAUAGUCGGGUGCUGUGCGAACCAGUUCCUGCAAGGGCGACCGAGUACAAUCCGCGACUAGUCUUCAGAUAUGGAAAGAAUCGCACAAUUAUUAAAGCAGUUACCAGUACAUCUCAACACACCCACAGUGAUGUGAAAUCGACGUCUGUACAGGAAAAAACAAUAAAAAUAAAAGUCACAUUCGACGCGAACAAUGAAAGCGAAAAGAAUUCCAAGGCUUCAGAAGAUCUAGAUUCCGUACUUGGAAACUCGGCCAUAGACAGUUCAACUUAUCCAGCAGAAUCUGUCACUUCCGGUGCAGUAUUUAAAGCUCCCAAUACAGAAUCCAACACUUCCGGUGCAGUAUUUAAGGCUCCAAGAACAGAAUCCAACUCUUCCGGCGCCGAAACCAGCGCUUCUGGUACAAAAUCUCCCGCUUCCGAUACGGAAUCCAACGCUCUUGAUAUAGAGCCUGAGAUUUCCGGUAUACACUCGGAUGCUUACGGUAAAGACCCUUCCGGUUCAGAAUCUCGCGCAGGAUCAAGCGGUGAUACCAUGUCGAGUGAUGAUGAGUCUUCGGGUACUAAUGAAGAUGACGAAGAUUCCAAUAUCUACUUGGGAGCAAGGAAACUACGAAAUGACUCUCAUAAGAACUCUCACUCCGAAGGAACGCAAGGAAAUCAUUUUACCGUUAAGGUUCAAUUAAGCCCCGAGACCCGAAACAAACUUAUUAACAACCAUUGGAAACCUCUAAAUCACCAAAAAAAGGAUGGAAAUGUAAAUGUUCGUGGAAAUAAGGGGGAGAUUUAUAAAAACAAAGACUUGAAAUCAAAAAGAAAACUUUCACCAAAGCAGCAAUCCAAGAGACGCGUGAGACCACCAUUACGUACCCUUAUUAAACAACAAAAGACACUUCCAGCGAUUAAACACCAGACUAGCCCAGGAAAAAAAGGCAAAGCUGUGGAGAAGGCCCCUGAUACCCCAAGAUGUGAGUUUGGCGACGUCCUUAGUAACGUAACGUUACGCGGAGGCCGUCACGCGGGCGAGUUCCAUUUGUUGCGUGACACCAAUGAUACGGAUGAGUGCAUGAAGGAAUGUUGCUUGCGUGACGAAUGUGACGUUGCUGUGAUGGUCUCAGACUAUUGCUUUAUGGCGGAUUGCGUGAGUGAUUCCCUGUGCGAGGCGGUGCUCGCGCGAAGAACCGAAUUCAACUCCCGGCUAAUCUACAAAAGAAGAAAGAAUCAUAAGAAAGAAAUUAAAGAUACCAUUACAAGCGAGACCACACUUCCUGGAAACAGCCCAACUAUCAGUACCCAUGAACUUAUGGAAGAACAACCGGACAGCAAAAAACCUCAUUUCGCUCACCUCAAGCCUAACGCAUCCCGACUUAGAAUAAGCAACAAACAGGAUAUCGACCAAGAAGGGUCCCCGGAUGAGGAAAUGACAUCAAACGACACAGUGCUGGUUUCCAAUGAGACGGAGACUGAUCUCUAUGCUAACGAGACUGCGCCUCAAUACGUGAUUAUGACUCAGCCGCUGUUAUUCGCUAAGGAAGGAAACUCAUCUCUGGCGUCUAAGUCUACGAUAGCUGAGCAGGAGAGAGGUGCAGGCGAGCACAGCGAGGUAUUGCUGAGAACGACACAAAAGGAAACAGUGUUAUAUUCUACGGAUAGUGAGACGAGAGACUUGCAAACAUCCUCAGUUAAUAUACAACCUCAGAAAACGGCAGAGGUUGUAGCCUCUGAGGGAUUGGCGGCAAAGUCUACUGAAGAUCAAGCGGGAAUGCUUGUGUCUGAAACUGCUACAGCUUUAUCAGCGAAAACCACCACAUCAAUAGCCAAGGAAACAAUUUCAGCUCUAAUGACGGUAACGGCUAGUGCAGAAGUAACAUCAGAAAUGAUAAGCUCAUCUAUGGUACAAGCAAAAGCAGCGUCUUCAAUAACAACGCCGUUGAAGACAACAGUUGUUGCAGUAACAGCGGCAGCAACGACAACAGCAGCUACAACAACAGCAGCUGCAGUAACAGCAUCAACAGCUUCAAUAGUAACUACAACAGCAACAGUAGCAGCAGCUACAACAACAGCAGAGAAAGCAACAACAACAACUGCAGCUAUGGUAGAAGCUACAACAACAGCAGCUGCAGUAACAGCAUCAACAGCUUCAGUAGUAACUACAACAGCAGAGAAAGCAACAACAACAACUGCUGCUAUGGUAGAAGCUACAACAACAGCAGCUGCAGUAACAGCAUCAACAGCUUCAGUAGUAACUACAACAGCAGAGAAAGCAACAACAACAACUGCUGCUAUGGUAGAAGCUACAACAACAGAAGCUGCAGUAACAGCAUCAACAGCUUCAGUAGUAACUACAACAGCAACAGUAGCAGCAGCUACAACAACAGCAGAGAAAGCAACAACAACAACUGCAGCUAUGGUAGAAGCUACAACAACAGCAGCUGCAGUAACAGCAUCAACAGCUUCAGUAGUAACUACAACAGCGACAGUAGCAGCAGCUACAACAACAGCAGAGAAAGCAACAACAACAACUGCAGCUAUGGUAGAAGCUACAACAACAGCAGCUGCAGUAACAGCAUCAACAACUUCAGCAGAAAAAACGACAACAGCAACAAAUUGCCAAAGAUUACUGAAAAUGUACCAACGGAAGCAAAAAGCGUCGGCGAUGGCCAAGAAAGAGCUCGGUCUGUAG